AUGUUUUCAGGUAAUUGGAGACGUGCCUAUGUAUCUCUUAGGCAUCUUGUUGAUCAUCUUACUUCAAGGGAUGCUUCUAAGAAGAGAGAUUUUGUUGCAAAGUCUAGUAAUGUAUUUCCGCAGAUUAUUUUGUCAAAUUAUUUAGAGGGGCAUCUCUCUAAUAAGUCAAAUGUCAAGGGAUUUCACUGGAGUGGAGCCACUGAUUUAAAGACAUCAUUGCAGUUUCAGGGAGGCUUUGUCCAGGUUAACAACAAUGUUGAGUCUCAUGCUUCCAGUAUGCUUAUUUCAACUUUAACAACAUCUGAACUUAGUGGCUUUGUUGAGCCCCUUGAAGAGUUGUAUGAGUUAGCAGGAUUAACCGGCAUCCAGAAGACACAGAUCCUAGCAAUCAUAGAUCUUCUUAACGAAGUUAGUAAUUCUCAGUCUGCUUCUGCCUAUGCAAAUCUUGAUGAACCUGGGCGAAGGUUUUGGGUUGCAUUGAGGUUUCAGCAGCUAUAUUUUUUUCGAAGUUUUGGUAGAUUAGCAUCUGGAGAAGAGUUAGUUAUUGACUCAAGUCUUAUGGGAUGUGCCUUCCACUCAGACUCUCAGGAAACCUUAUUUUUGUCCUGUCUACCAAAUGAACCAUCAUGGAAAGAAAUGCGAGCUUUGGGAAUUGGAUUUUGGUUCACUAAUGUGACACAGUUGCGUUCAAGGAUGGAGAAACUAGCUAGGUUGCAAUAUUUGAAGAAGAAAGAUGCAAAAGAUUGUGCACUCCUCUAUAUAGCAUUAAAUAGACUUCAAGUUUUGGCUGGUCUUUUUAAGAUCAGCAAGGAUGAGAAGGAUAAGGCCUUGGUGGGAUUUCUUUCACGCAAUUUCCAGGAGGAGAAAAAUAAAGCAGCUGCUCUGAAAAAUGCUUAUGUCCUAAUGGGCAGGCAUCAACUGGAGAUGGCUAUUGCUUUCUUUCUGCUUGGCGGUGACGCUUCUUCUGCAGUAUCUGUUUGUGCAAAGAAUCUUGGGGAUGAGCAGCUUGCGCUAGUAAUAUGUCGACUCAUUGAAGGAAGAGGUGGAUCAUUAGAGAGUAAUUUAAUUACAAGGUUUAUACUCCCGUCUGCAAUUGAGAGAGGCGACUAUUGGCUUGCGAGCCUUCUUGAGUGGGAACUGGGAAAUUACUCUGAGUCGUUCUUUACCAUGAUUGGUUUGCACGGUAGUCAUAAAAUGGAGAUGCCCACUCUUUCUUCUAGUCAUGCUGGGUUUAUGGACCCUAGCAUUGGUCUAUAUUGCCUCACGCUGGCAAACAAAAAUAGCAUGAAAAAUGCUAUAGGGGAGGGAAAUGCUGCAACUUUGGGCAGGUGGGCGACCUUGAUGAGAGCUAUUGCCUUGAACAGAUGCGGGCUUCCUAAGACAAUAGACUAAUGAUACAUAUGCUGCACCAACUUCUUCGUCGUCUGAUCCUUCCACCAAUAAUCUUGAUCUUCCCAUCAGUUUUCGUAAAGGUACACGUCAGUGCAUCCUUCCUCAUUCUACUUAUCCUAUUGCUAACUUCACUUCAUAUGAUCAUUUGUCUCAUUCGUCUAGUUCUUUAAUUGCUUCUAUAGAUUCCACUUCCAUAUGCAAAACAGUUAAGGAUGCUCUGAAUCACCCUGGUUGGCAUAAUGUCUUGUUUGAGUAGAUAAAUGCUCUUGAUGAUAAUCAUACCUAAGAUCUGAUAAAUUUGCCCAAAGGAAAAAAGGUAGUGGAGUGCAAAUGGGUAUUUACGGUUAAAGUGAAUGCAGAUGACUCUAUGACGAGACUUAAAGCUCGAUUGGUAGCAAAAGGUUAUGCUCAAACUUAUGGGGUAGACUAUUUUGAUACAUUUUCUCCAAUGGCAAAACUAACAUCUGUUCGUAUAUUCAUAUCUAUUGUAGCUUACAAAGACUGGCCCUUGCAAUAAGUAGACAUUAAAAAUGCAUUUCUUCAUGGUGAUCUCUUAGAAGAAGUGUAUAUGAAGUAACCACCUGGAUUUGUUAUUCAGGGAGAGUAUAGGAAAAUUUGUUAUUUGAAAAAAUUCUUAUAUGUUCUAAAGCAGAGUCCCCGUGCGUGGUUUGACAAGUUUAGUGAGAUAAUAUGUGAAUUCAGAUUGAGAAAGAGCAAGUGUGAUCAUUCAGUCUUUUAUAAACAAUCAACAACUGGUAUUAUACUUUUUUUUGUUUAUGUUGAUAAUAUUAUAAUUAUAGAAAAUGACCAUAUAGGAAUAUUCUCUCUCAAAUCAUUUCUGCAUACCAAAUUCAAUACUGAAGACUUGGCACAAUUAAAUUAUUUCUUGGGAGUUGAAGUAACAAAAAUAAGGAAGAGAUUUUGUUAUCUCAGAAUAAGUAUGUACUUGAUCUACUUGCAGAAACAAGAAAGCUGGGAGCUAAGCCAUGCAAUAAGCCUAUGGUACCAAAUGUACAUCUUACAAAAGAUGAUGGUGAUCUCCUUGAUGAUCCAGAAAAAUACAGGUGACUUAUUGGG